AUGAGCGGCCUUACAUAUGAAGAGAAGAAAGGAUUAAUUACACGUAAUUUACAGGAAGUCUUAGGAGAAGAUAAACUGGAUGCGAUACUGAGAGAACGUGAUUUAAAAAUAUAUUGGGGUACAGCCACAACUGGCAGACCCCAUGUUGCCUAUUUUGUGCCCAUGUCAAAAAUUGCCGACUUUCUCAAAGCCGGUUGUGAGGUUACGAUACUUUUUGCUGAUUUACAUGCAUAUCUAGAUAAUAUGAAAGCUCCAUGGAGUCUUUUAGAGUUGCGUGCCCAAUACUAUGAAGCUGUUAUUAAACAAAUGCUGUCAUCCAUUGGUGUACCUUUAGAUAGAUUGAAAUUUGUUAAAGGUACCGACUAUCAGCUAUCUCGCGAAUAUUCCUUAGAUGUCUACAAGUUAAGUUCAGUUGUGACUCAGCACGAUGCUAGAAAGGCUGGUGCUGAGGUAGUGAAGCAAGUAGAAUAUCCGUUGUUAUCUGGUCUGCUGUAUCCGGGUUUACAAGCUUUAGAUGAGGAAUACUUGAAGGUCGAUGCACAAUUUGGUGGAGUAGAUCAAAGAAAAAUUUUUACGUUUGCGGAAAAAAGUUUACCGCAGCUAGGUUAUGAAAAACGCAUUCAUUUAAUGAACCCCAUGGUGCCAGGCUUGGCUGGUGGUAAAAUGUCCUCUUCGGAAGAGGAUUCUAAAAUCGACUUAUUAGACACUCCAGCCGAUGUUAAAAAGAAGCUGAAAAAAGCAUUUUGUGAACCUGGAAAUGUCAAAGAUAAUGGCCUGUUGUCGUUCGUCCAGCAUGUUUUAUUCUCUUUAUUCAAGGAAGGCGAAGGAUUUGUAGUUUGUCGCGCCCCUGAAAAUGGUGGGGAUAAGACUUUUAAUAAUUACCAAGAUUUAGAGGAAGAGUUUGCCUCUAAUAAACUCCAUCCAGCUGAUUUAAAGGCAACAGUCGAAAAGUAUAUAAAUCAAUUAUUGGAUCCAAUACGGAAAGCUUUUGAAUCAAGUCAAUUAAAACAAUUAAGUAGCGCUGCUUACCCUAUUGCUAAAAAAGAACAAGAUGGCCCCGAUCGUUUAGAUAUACGCGUUGGUAAAGUGGUGCAAGUUUCUCGGCAUCCUGAUGCUGAGAAACUUUACAUUUUGCAAAUUGAUUUGGGCGAAGAUGAGGUGCGCACAAUAAUUAGCGGUCUAGUUGCAUAUGUAAGUGCGGAGAAAUUAGAUCAAUGUUUGGUGGCUGUAUUGUGCAAUCUGAAACCAUCCAAAAUGCGUGGCAUUUUAUCCGAGGGCAUGGUUUUAUGUACAUCUAAUGCCGACCAUACUAUUGUGGAACCGUUAAUUGUGCCAUCUUCUGCCGCAGCCGGUACUCGUUUGGCGUUUCAAGGAUAUAAUGGACAACCGGAAGAGCAACUUAAUCCGAAAAAGAAGACUUGGGAAAAACUUUUCGUCGACUUUAAAACCAAUGACGACGGCAUAGCUGUAUGGAAAAAUAAUUUCCUCUUAACACCAGACGGCGAGAAGUUAACAAGCAGACUGAAAAAUUGUUGCAUUAAAUAAGUUCAUAUAAUCCCUAACUCUGCGAUGGAUAAUUUAUUUUAGAACAUUUAAUUUACUUUACAAGGAAUGGCACAUACGUUUACUGAUUGAAAAAUUUUUCAAUUCAGUUCUUGGUAUGGAUAUUAACGAAUAAACCAAUUGAUGAAAUAAUUAGUCCAAUAACUUAGGAAAAAAUACAAAGGAACACAACAUUUGUAAAUCUUUAUACGCAACUACCACUCUUAUUGAAAGGAGAGUAACGUGGAAUAAAUUGUGAUAAAUUAUAUCCCA